UUCCGGUGGCAGCGGCAUUCGGGCGUCGGGUGACGCUAGGCGGACAAGUCGUCACGUGACACGGAAGUGACUACGAACAGGAAGAGGACGAAAAAAAUAACCGUCCGCGACGCCGAGCCGAACCGGACCCGCAGCCACCAUGAACAGCAAAGGUCAAUAUCCAACGCAGCCAACCUACCCGGUGCAGCCUCCUGGGAACCCUGUGUACCCUCAGACUUUGCAUCUUCCUCAGGCUCCACCCUACACUGAUGCUCCACCUGCCUACUCAGAGCUCUAUCGUCCAAGCUUUGUGCACCCGGGGGCUGCCACAGUCCCCACCAUGUCAGCUGCAUUUCCUGGCGCCUCACUGUAUCUUCCCAUGGCCCAGUCUGUGGCUGUUGGACCUUUAGGUUCCACAAUCCCCAUGGCUUAUUAUCCAGUUGGUCCCAUCUAUCCACCUGGUUCAGCAGUGCUGGUGGAAGGAGGGUAUGAUGCAGGUGCCAGAUUUGGAGCUGGUGCUACUGCUGGAAACAUUCCUCCUCCUCCCCCUGGAUGCCCUCCCAAUGCUGCUCAGCUCGCAGUCAUGCAGGGAGCCAAUGUCCUUGUAACUCAGCGGAAGGGAAACUUCUUCAUGGGUGGCUCAGAUGGUGGCUACACCAUCUGGUGAAGAACCAAGGCCACCUCUGUGCCGGGAAAGACAUCACAUACCUUCAGCACUUCUCACAAUGUAACUGCUUUAGUCAUAUUAACCUGAAGUUGCAGUUUAGACACAUGUUGUUGGGGUGUCUUUCUGGUGCCC